UGGGGGUUGCCGUGUGGUGGGAGCCAGCCGCGAGGGGAGUGUGUGCUCCGAUUUCGGAAGAAAAUGGGAAAAGGGGGACAUCUCCCUUGGCUUUGCCCCCUUCGGACACCUAACCCCCUAGCUGAAACAAGAUGAGGAGGCUUAGAGAGGAUGGCAGGAAUAAGACUUUGCAGAUGGAAAAAAUAAAGGCACGACUGAAAGCAGAAUUUGAAGCUCUGGAGUCUGAGGAGAGGCACCUGAAGGAAUAUAAACAGGAAAUGGACCUGCUGCUGCAAGAGAAGAUGGCCCAUGUGGAGGAGCUGCGACUGAUCCAUGCUGAUAUUAAUGUGAUGGAGAAUACUAUCAAGCAGUCUGAGAAUGAUCUUAACAAGCUCUUGGAAUCUACUCGUCGCCUGCACGAGGAGUACAAGCCCCUAAAGGAGCACGUAGAUGCCCUGCGAAUGACUCUGGGAUUGCAGAGGCUGCCGGAUCUAUGUGAGGAGGAGGAGAAGCUGUCCCUUGACUACUUUGAAAAGCAGAAGGCGGAAUGGCAGACAGAACCACAGGAGCCUCCCAUCCCAGAGUCUCUAGCUGCAGCUGCAGCAGCUGCCCAACAGCUGCAAGUGGCUAGAAAACAAGAUACCAGACAGACAGCAACUUUCAGACAACAGCCACCUCCAAUGAAGGCAUGUUUAUCGUGCCACCAACAAAUUCAUCGGAAUGCGCCCAUAUGUCCACUCUGCAAAGCAAAGAGCCGAUCCCGGAAUCCCAAAAAGCCCAAGAGGAAACAGGAUGAAUGAAAUCAAGAAGAUUGCCAAGCUGUGUGACCUGUUCCAGUCAUCUUCCAGUAGAACUGCAAGUGCGCCUAGACUUUACUGAAGUGCAGACUCAAGUAUGACCGUCUCAUUAUUUUCUAUUUAAUGCAAUGUAAGCACAAUGUUCCUGUUUUGUCUUAAGUUCCUUCCAGUCCUUAGGAUUUAGUUUUAGGAAAGUAAAUAUUAUGGUGUUACAGUUUAACAUUUCCGUUGUUCCAUCUUUUGGACUCCUAACUAAACUGGAAUUCUUUGUGCAAGUCUGGCUAUUUCUAUUGGCCAAAUAUGAUGGCCACAAAUGCUUUUACGUUCUCUCUUUAAAAAACAGAUGUUACUAAAAUUUUUUUCUGUUUUCUCUUGAUAACAGGAGACUGACUAUUAGAAGUGCUGAAAUAGCAGUCUGAUUGUUUCACUGAAAAACAAACAAUUUAUUUUCCAGGCUGGUAACACUGCAUAGGUUUGGGUAUCCAGUAGAACUCAUUUAUACAGGAAAUGUUUAGGGAAAAUAGGAUUGGUUAUACAGAAAAUCAAUGCAUUAAGGACACACAUGAAGUUUGAUUUACUGGAGUUUGAUUGUACCGUUCCCUGAAACUUGACUUGAAACU